AUGGAGUUUAAGGAGUUCCGCAAUCGCUCGGCUCGUGAGCCCUUCACGAGUCCAUAUCCUCCGAUGGAGCUGUCCCCAAAGGAAAAAGACCUCUUACGGCAGCUUGCGAAGGACUUAGUGGCUGUAAAUUUGGAAGAGUUCGAAGAGUUCCUCUUCGACAACAACGCAGUGCUCCCAGAACAUCAGUGGGAGUUCGUGCGUCGUGACGAACAGGUCGAGACGUUUCUUCGUCGUCGUGAGAAAUACGGUCUUCGUGGAUUCGGUGCCACCAAGCGGUUCCGUCGCGACACAUCCGACAGCAGUGCGAGCAUGAGCAGCACCACGAGUGAUGAGUUGACGUCUCUGGAUGUCGCGGACAUUCGCUCUGUCGGAUUCAAAGAUGGCACGAUUGAGGAUGGAGUCUACGGCGCCAUGAGUCCCACCACAGAAGUCUUCCGCACCAAAUCUGCGUACGUUGACGACAAAAUCGAAGAAUGCAACGUGCUCGCUCUCAUCGACAACGUGACAGACUCCGAUCCAUUUACGUCACUGACUGUUCGCUGGCGUGUGACGGAGAACCCGCCGAUCAUGCGUACGUUCCUCAAGAGCUACGACCAUAUCUAUCUUGAGGCCACGGGUUUUACGACGCUAAACAACGGAGACCGUGUGAGCUAUCAGCUCUUGCAUUCCAUCGAUUUCCCGCACUUAACUCCUCCCCUUUCGACGCAUUCCCGAGGCCAAGUUGCGGCCAUCCUGUUCAUGCGCCAGAUUGACAAGGACACUGUACAGAUUCACGGACGCGGAGUGUUUGCCAUUCCAUUUGAGCGAGCACGGGGUCUCUUCACGCACAUGGUGCUGGUUUCCAUGUCGAAAUCUUGUAUCAACAUAUUCUUUGCGGCUCAAAUGAAAAAGUUGCGCUGGGCUCUUCGUGAGCGAAGAAAAAGGGGCGCUGGCUCGGGUAUGCUGUCGAUCUCGAGCACGAACGAGUGUAAAGUCUGUCAGAAGACACCAACAGUCCGAAAGGGAUACGACUGCAUGCUCUGCGGGGAAUUUGUGUGCAAGUCGUGCAGAGUUACGCACAAAAUCGCCGAUAUUGCCCCCGGCAACAAACUCUACUGGACGAAGGCGAUCGUAUGUCCAUUUUGUAUGACCCAAGUGAUCAAGUCCGACGUGUCGAUCACAAUGCGCUCCGAAAUCGCAGCAGGCGAGUUCCUCGAUCGAGAUAUGAAGGACCAGCAGACAAAUUACCCGUGA